CCUGUCUUGACUCCAAAUGAUCAACCUGUACACGAUCAGAACUGCAAUUUGACCCAAUCUGUGUGAGUUUGUUGAGUGAUUCUACCACAUUUAUUAUAAUACUAUAUUCCUCGACAAUUGAUGCUGUUUGCGCCUACCCGACGCCUUUUGUCCACCAUGUCGACGUAUAACAUCACCGUCACUUCCGACGUCGUCUGCCCCUGGUGCUACAUUGGCUACAACCGCCUGUCCAAUGCCAUCGCCGCCCACAAGAAAACGUAUCCGGACGAUAAGUUCAACAUCAAAUAUCUUCCAUUUUACCUUCAGCCACCACCACAAUAUGCGUCAUCCGGCCCCGUUCCGCCACCCUUCCCUGUGCCAUCCAAACCUCGUCGACAAAUGUAUGCUGAAAAGUUUGGACCAGAAAGGGCGAAGCAGAUCGAAGCAAUGAUGAAGCAAACGAGCGCCAACGAAGGACUCGACUUCAAAUUCGGUGGAAACACUGGUCCAUCGCGCAACGGACAUCGCCUGGUCUACUUUGCCCAGAACCAUGGUGGGGAAACGGCACAAAUGGAUGUCAUGCUUGGCUUGUGGCGAAGGUAUUUUGAGCAGGAAGUCGACAUUACCACCUUGGAAACUCUGGUCGAAAUCGGGGUCGAGGCUAAGUUGGGAACUAAGGAGGAGAUCAAGGCGUAUCUAGAGAGUGGUAAGGACGGAGAGGCGGUGGACAAGAUUGCCGACGAGGCCCGGUAUAAAGGGAUAUCAGGAGUGCCACACUACGAGAUUAACGAUCUCUGGGAGGUCGGGGGUGCCCAAGAGCCAAUGGCCUUCCAACAACUAUUCUCGAGGUGGAAGCAAUUGGAAAAGAAGGGUCAAGUAUCGUCGUCUUCACCCGUCUCCAAGACUGCGUCUGGCAAUGGGUGUUUGUAGUUUGGUGCAUGUUAUUUUGAUCGAUAGGACUGUUACUCUUACUUUUGAAAUCAAUCACUAUUGCAAAAUA